AUGACUAUAAACUACUAUGUCAUUAAUGAUCCAGAAAGUGUGGAGCAUGGCAUGACUUUGAGGUCGGCAAUAGCCGGAUUUUUCUAUAAGGAUGAGGCUGAUGCGAUUGAUACAAAGGGCAGGUUGAAGAAAACUUUCGAAGUGGCCAGGAAAACUGAAGAACUGGAUCCGUUUCUGAAUGUUUUGCCUAAAACUUCUUAUGGAUCUCCAGGAAAAUUGUCGGAUAGUGGGGUUUCAAGUAAGUUAGCAAGCAAGUUAGACCCAGUAAAAGAAAAUGACGAUAGUGAUAACUUUGAUGCCAUUGAUGGUAACACAUAUUGUCGAGUCAUAUACGAUGCUGCAGAAUUUUAUCCUGAUUUGAAACUCCCGUCCCCUGUUUUUGUCAAAUUCUAUCAUCGUUAA